GACCUACUUAUCCCAAUGGCUACUGUGAUCAACGUUGCUGAUAAAGAACAACUUGAACAAAUUUUACAAGAGGCAGCAAAUGUUGCCAAUGGUCCAGCUAUUGUAGUUAUAGAUUUCUAUGCUACAUGGUGCCAUCCUUGUUCUGAAAUAGCACCCAUCUUUAAAAAAUUAAGUACUAGGUACACGAAAAUGAAAUUCCUCAAAAUUGAUGUUGAUAAACUUGAGGAUGCUGCACAACAGUACAAUGUUCGAUCAUUGUCUACAUUUGUAUUUUUACGUGGCACUUUACCAAUCGAUCGUAUUACAGGUGCAUCUGCUCAAAAGUUAAGAGAUAAAGUUCAAGAGCUUGCUAUUGCUGCACCAGACUCACAGGAGGGUGGUUCACAAAAAAGUUCACAGUCUUCCAAACAAGUAGGUAUUUUUCAUCUUUUUUUCUUUUUAUCUUGUUAAAUUUUCAAAUCGUUUAAAAAAAUACCCAUCUGUGGAUAUAUUAGUGAGAAAAGGAUAAGAAGGUCAGUAAAGAUGUUGGUUUUUUCGGCAAUUUCAUUCCCAAAGCACAGCAGUACAGUCGCAUUUAUAUACAUAAGUUCACAUAGAUACAACUAUUAUUUCAUACAUUUGGUUCCCUUGAUAAAUUUCGAUAGAGAAAGAAAGACCAGAUUUGCAGGUAUAAGAUGAUAUCAUUCUAUUUCACAGGUUCUUGUCAGCUGCAAACUGCCUGAAAUUACAAUAGUUAUAAAUAAUAGGAUUUCAUACUUCAAUGUUUGAAAAGUAGUAGAGAAGAUAUUAUAAAAUGAACGUAUCCGGAAUAUAAGUAUUACAAUUUAUAGUUUAAGUUUAUAUACUAUCAAACUUUGAAAAAAAGGAAGGGGGUGAGAGAAAACAGAAAAAUCUAGUAGACAGUGUUAGCUUGUACGUCAACAUGGCAACUCAAGAAGGUCAAAGUUCAUCAAUUUGAAAGCUUGCUUAGUGAGCUGAGCUCACUAGUGUGUAUGACUAACCAGCGUAAUGAAAGUGCAUAAGUUUGGUCUGAGACGUUGGAUUGCAAUAGCUUCAGCAAGUCGUAGUAUAUUCACUGUCCUUUGUAUGCUUAAUAUUUUCAAAGAUUUGGAAAUGUCGAUAAAAUGGCUGGUAUCCACAAAGUGUCUGGUAAUUGCACUUUGUGAGUAUCUGCUUCCUAUUAAGCAUAAGUUUCUCGGAAUAUGCUCUGAAAACCGGAUAUAGGCCUUUCUUUCUGUCCUUCCAAUGUACUUGCUGCCGCACAUGCACGUAAAUUUAUAAAUGCAGUUGGAGGUAACAUCAGCAGGGUACUUAUCCAGUUUCGAUUGGCUUAUAGAGCAUGUAGUGCUGUAUAUAGUGUCACCGGCUUGGCUUCAGGGAAACAUCUCUUUAUUGCUCCUUUCAUUCGCUUUUCAAUCUUUUGCCAUACUGUUUCUCCUUUGUAUGGGAGGCAAAUAAACACUUUCUUCUUUUCAACUGUUGGAUACUUCACUUUCUCAUCGUUUUCUUUGCUGCUGUACUUUAGGAUAAAGACUGAUUAGGAGCAUUAACAUCAUAAGAGUGAAAAGCAUUACAACGCUUACUGUUGCCAG